AUGCUCACUUCAGACGCCUCCGACCAAGAGGAAAUGAGCGAAAAUGACCUGCGACAACUCCUCAGUGAAGGCCUCGAGGAUGAAGCGCUGCUUACCCACGAAAUCGAGUCCACGCUGGCCUUGCUGCACGACCUGCACGACCUAUUGGGGCAGAAGAAACAGGAGAACACCGCUAUUGCAGCCGCCCUCGCCGCCCUCCGCUCUCCCAUCCAACGGCUCCCGGGGGAACUUCUGGAGGCGAUAUUCGAGCUGUGCGUUGUCGCGGACUCCACGGCGCUUACAUACUUCACGAGUGACUCGAGGGUGGCGCCGCUUGUCCUUACGCACGUCUGCGCCGCAUGGCGUCAGUUAACCUUCGGCUCGCUACGGCUCUGGAAGCAUUGGUACUUCCGCGCAACACACACCCGAUCCGAUUUGGAACUGCUCACUCGGGUGAUACCGUCUGGCCAUCUUCAGUUGCACACGACGAUCGUCCACACAGUCCAAGGGCCGAACUCCCGUGUCUCGCGCCGCAGACAUAAGGGCAUACCUGUGUUCGUCAUUCAGGCUCUCCUAAGCAUCCCGCAAUUUGUUGCUGGGGUCCCCACUCUGGUCCUUGCCAAGGGCGCACUUUCGCCAACCGAGGAAUUGGCCCGCCCGCCCCAGACGUUCAAAGAGCUCCGCGCGCUGACGAUCGAUCUCCACCGCUCUCCGCCCUUCCACCCGGACGCUGGUCAGACCCUCGACGCUUUUGCGGAUGCUCCGCGGCUGACGAAUCUCGACCUUACGCUCUCGCUUGGGGAAGCCCCUCCUGGCUCACUAUUUGCGCCACAUUUCCCCUGGGCCCAAAUUCGCUCGCUGCGGCUGGCAUUCCCAGGCAACGCGCUACCAAUGGACUGGCGCGACCGUGGCGCGCUCCGCUCCAUCCUCCACAUCCUCUCCCGUUGCACCAAUGUGAAGGAACUGACACUCUACGGCCUCUCCCCUCCGCUAUUCAUGGCGAUGGUGGAUCAACCGCCGCUCUGUGUCUUACCACUACUCACAAAGCUCGUCCUUCUCUUCACCGAAACGCUGGUGGUUCAGUUUCUCGUCCUGCCAAGACUACAGGAGCUCGUGCUGUCCUCGCCCAAGUCGCGCGGAGACCUCUUCCCUCUUGAGCGAUUCCGCAGAAACUCCGAGGCCAGUCUGACGACGCUGCGGACGCUCGAAGUCCGCGGCCUCACGAGCCUCGGUUUGCAUGUGCUCCGCACCACAUUCAUGAGCCCCGCAAGCCCGAUCACCACCCUUCGCCUGCCUGACAUUCAGGACACAAACGCGAUCAACGCCCUAGUAUCGUGGCAGGAUGCGGACAGACCACUGCUCCUACCUGCGUUGACUUUCAUUUUCAUCGGAGCGCAUAACGCCAGCGUCGUUCAAGAUGGCGGGAUCUCGAUCCUCAAGAUGAUCCGCUCCCGGCUGGGUCCUCAGACGGGAGAUACCAGCGGCAAAAUAGCUGCCAGCGCCAGUGCUACUCUCUUGCGUGCAGAAGUGGCCCUCCCCGAGUCGGUGUGGCCCCGCACGGUGGAGGUUUGGGAUGCAAAAUGGGAACUAAUCGCGUGCGGGGUGCUCCAUCUUUCGGGUUCAAUGUCGUAA